CAAACUUUCAUUUCAGACUAGAGAAGCUGAAGGGUCACACACACACACGCACACACACUUUUCAACCAGUAACCUGUAUUCACAAUCAUGAGGGGACUCCUUGCUUUAUUUGUGAUCGCCCUAAUUCAUGGCAGCUAUGCCUCCCUGCUCCUCCAGGGGCCAAGUGAGGUUGUUUUGCAGGGAAGCACAGUCACCUUGGAGUGCCUUGUCUCAGACCCUGAACUCAACACCAGCCAGGUCCACUUUGAGCGCUUCUCCAAGUACAUGCAGAGCUGGUAUCGCCUGGAGCCAGAAACGAGCUACUUCAGACGUCGCUGUUUAUACGACUACAUCAAUGUCCAGCGGGAGGAGCAGCGCAUUUCCCUGUCUAUUCCCUAUGUCACCAGCUACGCGGAGGGGUCCUACCGCUGUGUGUCCGACGCCGUCAACAUUACCGCGACAGCCAACUCCUCCCAGACCCUGACCUUCAAAGUGCAUUACAUGGGAGAGCCGCUGUUGUACCGGUCGGGGCUCAGCCGCUACCUGGGCUCCGUGCAGGACCUCAAGGUAUCUCUGGGCGAGGACGUGACGGUGGACUGCUCUGCCAGCUCGUCACAGAAGCCAGAGUACUUCUGGCAGAAGGAGGGUGGAGACUGGAUCCUGCCGUCCUCCAAGCUGACGCUGAAGAAGGUGACAGCCCUCGAUGGAGGAGAGUACACUUGCACCGCCCAGCAUCCCAGCGUGUCCUCACUCACCAAGAAACGCACCAUCAGCAUCACUGUGCUGCCUGAGGAUGCCCCCUGGUACGAGUCCACUAAUAUGCAAAUCACGCUGAUUACCGCAGCAGUGGCCCUGACUCUCUUGGUGCUCAUGGUCUUCAUGACUGUGUUCCUGUGCCGCAGAGCCAAGCAGGCCAAGACCAGCAAGGGACCCAUCGACGACCGGUCCCAGAAGAAGCCCAUCUACAAAAACAGUGUGGAGUCUCUGCCCUCUACCUGCGGAGACAAACAGCCGCUGGUCUGACCGCACAGGCAGGCAGAGGGAUGAGGAGGAGAGUGGAGAGAGACGAGGAAGAUGGAGCAGGUGGCCAGGGUGAGGGAUGGCAGAGAGGAGAUGCUAAAGAGGGAGAGUUUUUGGAUACCUGCAUUUGAGGUUGUGGGGGUGUGAAGGAGGGAGGAGGGAAGGUGGGGCUAUUAGGAGACUGUGGGGAGAGUAAUUUUGAACUCAGUAAUGACCUGUGUGUGGGAAAAAAAAACCCAAACAGGACAAAUGAUCGUCUUCCAGAGCUCGAGCCUGCUCUCCUCAUAUAGGUGUAGGUUGCUUGGUGACUUGGCAAAAAGCGGGGCAAAUCUGUCUUUAUGCAUUCUGAAUAUUUUCAAAAUGGUAUACCAAACUCUUAGCUCAGGAGGUGGGCGAGGGGUGAAACAUGUACUGUUAGAGCUGCUAAGAGUCCACAGGCAAUUCUCUUGCAACCUUGAACAGUAAAAAACACUCCUGAGCAGCACUUUUACAACCUUGGGCUUUGGAAAUAGUAAUGUUCUUUCAGACGCAAACAUAAGUGCUUGGCCCUGUAUUAUGAACGAGCCAUUUGGCUGAUACCUUAGGUUUUAUUUUGUUGAUUUGUUUCACACUCAAUGUGUAUUUUGGAGCAAAUAUCUGUGAGAAGUUUAUUAUCAAUACCAAUGACUUAGCAAUGACUAUUCUGAAGCACUUUGCACUCUACUAUUUAAACUACUAUGCUUUGUAUUUCUGUGAUAUUAAAUGGCUUUGAAACAAAAAAACU